CUAUAUUAAGAUGGUAAAAAUAAACCUCAAGAUCGUUUUAGUAAAGCAUCUAAUGUACGCUCAAGGAAAGAGGAAGUGUGCCAAGAACCCUUAAAAGCAGAGUGCCGCUCUCCAAACAAUUUAACAUUUGUUAAGAAUAGUAAAGCUUGCAUUUAAACUUUUGGAGGACAUUGUAAGAAGCAUUUCAAAAGCAUCAGCUCCUUUUAGAAAAAUAUUAUGCUUUUACUGUACUGCAUGCUUCGAAAGCCGUCAGUCGUGGUAAAUACUUGAAGUUUUAAAAUUUAAAUUUAAAUAGAAAACUGCUUUUAUCUGCCAUAAAGAAAGGCGAGAUUAUAUUUUUAGAAUUGCUCAUCAAAUUAUUGAAUAGACAAAGACACCACUCACAGAGAAUAAAAAAAAUGAGAAAAGGGGAAAUAUUUCUAUACUUUCACAUGAAUCACGAUUAGAAACAUAAAAAAAAACUUAUUUUCGUAAAUCUGAGCAAUCUUAAAAUCUUAAAAUUCGAUAUUGUCGCAACCUUUAAUGUCAUGCAAGAACACGGGACUUCUUUUCAUUUUUCGUAAGUUAUGUGCUGAUUUCCAUAAUUGCAAGAUGUAUAGAAUACGCCCCUAAUUGUCACUGGAACCUAGCGAUUUAAAGAACAGUCAAAGCUGAUUAAUUUUAUUUAUGGUCGCUUGAGCCUGUGAAGUAGAAGUCCCUUUUAAAUUUCUUAAAGCCCAUUGUCAGCCUCCUCACACGCUCCAUUUUUUCACUCCCUUGUUAAGAAGUCAAAAAGUGCGCAUUUUAAAGGAAAAAGUGGAGACACCUCCUGUAGUACCGUAUUUUGUCAGAAACAACUUGAUGUCUUGGCAGAGAUGACUAACAGGAGAGCACUGAGGUCGGCUUCAGGCUGGUAACUCUGCUCAAUUCUGUCCCGAAAAAUUUGUCAAGCGCCUCAAGAACAUGAUGGAUGGAGUUUCGGACAGUAAAGAGUGCUUAAGUUUUAUUGAUCGCUGCGGCAAAGUAGAAAGGCUACAAAGACUUUAACACUUUUUUAAUUACAGAAGGAAAAACAAUGUUUUAAAUAUCCAUUGUUUCUCUUGAAAGUCUCCUUUCAAGAUAACGAAACAGACAGUCUCAUAUGAAUUGAUUUCUGGAUUUGUUAAAGACAAUUGUUUAAAAUCUAAGCAAGAAAAACAAAACACGACUGUAAAACCUCUAUUCGGAUUAACUAGCGUACAUUCAGAAGCAGGGCCUUGACAGCUCAAGGAAAGAAUAUAUACAUGAGAAUUUGUUGUUUCAAAGAAGAAAUGUCGACCGUUAACCGUAUGUCGUUGAAAGUAACGAGCCAAGAGAAAUAACCUGGUUGAUUUGAUGUCAACCUCACAAGAAUAAAUCUUUCCAUGGCGUCAAACAAUACAUCUGUUGGCUACAAUAGCACGAGUGCAGGCUUCACAAUCACUGAUUUAUCUCUGCUUCCUGCGUACUGUCUGGCAAUUUCAGUAGGCCUCGGAGGAAAUGGGCUUGUGAUAGGAGUCGUCAGGAAAAAACGUUCUCUUCACACCACCACUAACUACCUCCUCGCCAACCUAGCGCUCGCUGACUUACUCAAUUUAAUCUGGUGUAUUCCGGGCCUAGUAUUGACCUUUGUGGAACACCCUCGAGGAACGCUAGGAGACCUUUUGUGCAAGUUCGUCACGAUGCAUCAUAUUGCGGGAAUUAUGCAAAUAGUGUCGGGUCUGACUCUUACGAUCCUUGCUGUUGAACGCUACAACGCGUUAUUUCAUCCCAUGGACACGCGACUUAGGCUGAGGCGCGAGAAUUUGAGGUACCCCAUAGGGAUAAUGUGGAGUUUUUCAGUAAUCUACGUAAUCCCGCUCUUUGUAUACGAGAAGUACAGCGCCAAGGAGAACAACUGUUCCCUGGUCUGGCCAAAUUGGCAAGUGACCGGGAUGAUCUACUGGGGCGUCCUAGCUGUCAUUGUACUUCUCUGUUCCAUCACAAUGUUGUACUGUUAUUUCAAUAUCAUCAAGGGGUUAUACUUCACCCAGACGAUUUGCUCGCGCGGACAAGCGCCCAAUGGGGAUGAAAGAGCUGCAAAGCGUAAGAUCGUCAAACUCCUCCUUAGUGUGACCCUCGUGUUUUGUGUUUGUUUUAUUCCGUUUAUCGUUGUGUCUGUGGUCUUCACGGACGGCUCGCACAGUGUCGCCUACAAGUUAAGUUACUUCUUGGUGUACUGUUCCUCUAGUGUUAAUCCUCUCAUUUAUGCGUACUACAGCUCGAAUUAUAGAAAUGCUUUCAGUGAGGUGCUGGAAAGGUAUAGUCAGAGGAUAAGGAACCUUGAGAAUCACGUACCGAGAAUCCAUAGACACGCCUCGUCAUUUGAACUGAAAGUGACGGAGAAUAAGGGCACCGAUGUUAGGUCCAGCGACCCAAAGCUGUUGUCGUUUAAACGUAUUUAGAAAGACAAGAGAAAAUCUUGCUUACGUCUCAACCCAUUGACAACUAAACCGGCCUGUACCGGCUGUGGAAGUGCCAACAAGCCAAAAAACAUAAAUGCAAAAUAAACACAAUGAGAUACUGAGUCAAUAGUCUAAGGAAUAAAUGGUCUUAUUAAUAUGCAUCCAACCGAGGUGAUAGCAACUACUCUUUAGCCAAUUGAGCCAAUGAGCUCAGGCUCAGACUAAUUUCAAUUCGAAGAAAAAAAAACAGCAGAAUAAUUGACCCUCUCAACAAAACGCCCAAAACUACACAAGGGAAAGAGAUCAGCACAGACAGCUUAAGACACAAACUUUACUCUAACCCCCAGAGUUGGGUUCCUGGAAAUCAGAUUAACGAUAACUCAGGGAUGAAUGCCCUUUGUUAUCCAAUCAAAGGCAAGAUAGCCGUAUUUAUCUCUCGGUUAGCGCUGCUUUCUAGGAACCAGUCCAUUUCCAUGGCCUCAAAAUACAAUGUUUACUCCUUAAAGGCUUCUGGGAUCCAUGACAAAUCAGGCCGCCAUUACAGAUUGCAAAGCAUAUUAUGGGAUAUCCUCGGAAAAAUUGGGCAUGACAUCACCCGUCUUCCACAUUUAGAUAGUGUAUUUCUUAAAGUAAUUUCUCUCCAAAGCUAAACGAAUCAAUUCAACGUCAAACAGACACAGAAUAAAAGUGUAAACAAUUUCGGAAUCAAUUUGGUCUCAGAAAAGAAUGCAUUUAGCAGCUUAGUCCCACGCGUUCUGAUAGGGUUUUCUGUGUCUGGGUUUCCUGUGGAUGAUAAGAGUUGUGACGUCACAGAAUAACAUCUCCCUGAACUGUCCUCGUGGCUCAUCUCCGAAAACAAAAAGUCCGAUAUGAACGCCUGGUAAUAAGCUGUGCAUUUAGGGGAGAAGUGGUGAUAAAUAGAGAAAAAAUCCCCAUGUGUCCACCUUUGCUUGCAAACAUCCGUAGGCGCAGUAAUAAAUUAUGCCCCAUAGACUUAGUAUGUCCUAAGACACACUCCCAAUAUGCUAGUAUCUGUUGUUUUUUUUACCUUGUUUCCAGGUCCCUAUAUUGUUUAUAACAGGAAAGGGCCUGGGGACAAGGUUGCUGUAUUUUUGUGAAAAAAUGCCAACAUUCGCUGGCCUCAGAGCAGCGUGCGAGGUAAUAGAUCCCCUGGGGUUGCCAAUUAUCAUGUAAAUAAAUGAAACAAACACCAGAAAA